CCGCUAGUCGGAAAAAAAACAAACACUCCCAUGUAUCGCGAGAACAUCGUUCUGCUUAGUGUCCUUGCUGAAAGAGAAAUGGGCUACUGGGACGUACCAGAGGGCACGGACUGCGUGGACAAAACAUGGACCACGACCAAAGUGGGAGCAGCUCUGGGCCUGGUUGGAUCAGCCUAUCACAUAGUGGCAUUCCAGCCUAAAACGGCAUUGGCAGGAGUACAGAGGGCGACCACCGCAACUGUCACCAUGGCCACUAUGGGAGCCAUCUUUGGCAUGGCGACGUGUCUCAGUGCUCAGGCCCGUGACGCUCCAGAUGAUCCGCUGAAUUACUUCAUUGGGGGCUGCUCCUCUGGGAUCUUCAUAGGAGCCAGAACCCACAGUCCUAUGACGGGAACGGCGGCGUGUCUGGGUCUGGGAACAGUCGCCUUCUUUACAAAAGUCGCCAAGAAGGAGGGAUGGAGGGUCACGGGACCACCCAUACUAUGAGGAGGAGGAUUAACUGUAUGUUAUAAAAAUUAUAGUAAUAAAAUGAUCAUAAAAAUAAAACGCAUUAACGCAUUAA